ACAAAAACACCAUAGUCACCGUAGUACUACUUUUCUGUUACAAGCGUCCAUCACAAACAAAAACACAAACCUCAAAACGUGGUUGUUCUUAUCCAACGGUCAUUAUCUCGCCACGUAAACACCUUCUACACAAAAACAACCAAACCAUAAGAAAAUUCCAUCUUACCUCAGACUGUAUCACUCUGAAACCGCUCACGAAAGUUGAAAACGAAAAAAACUAUAUAUAAAGAAAGAGCGAAAAAAAGAGCAAAUUUUCUUGUUCAAUUCAAAGCCUGUUUUUUCAUCGUUUGCGAGUUGCACGCUACUACUGUUCAAUCACCGAUCUCUACUGUUAAUCGAUUCUGUAGAAGCCAUUUUCGUCGAUUAUCAAACCAAACAUGCCUUCCAGUCACUUGCUUCUCGAGGAACCCAUUAGGAUGGCUUCUAUCUUGGAGCCAUCUAAAGCCAGCUUUUUUUCUGCGAUGACAAAGAUUGUUGGGACAUUGGGUCCUAAAUCUCGAUCUGUUGAGACUAUUUCUGGCUGUCUUAAAGCUGGGAUGUCUGUGGCUCGUUUUGACUUUUCAUGGUGUGAUCCUGAGUAUCACCAGGAAACUUUGGAGAAUUUGAAGACUGCUAUUAAGAGUACUAAGAAGCUCUGUGCUGUUAUGCUGGACACAGUUGGUGCGGAGAUGCAGGUUGUUAACAAAAGUGAGACAACUAUCACACUUGAGAUAGAUGGUCAGGUUGUUCUAACUCCAGACCAGGGACAAGAAGCUUCUUCAGAGAUUUUGCCAAUCAACUUUGAUGGACUGGCUCAGGCAGUGAAGACGGGAGACACUAUUUUUAUCGGUCAAUACUUGUUCACAGGAAGUGAAACUACUUCUGUAUGGCUAGAGGUAUCUGAAGUCAAAGGCAAUGAUGUUGUAUGUAUUAUAAAGAACUCAGCUACAUUGACAGGGUCAUUGUUCACUUUGCAUGCUUCUCAGAUUCAUAUUGAUUUACCUACUCUUACAGAAAAAGACAAGGAGGUUAUAAGCACAUGGGGGGUUAAAAACAAAAUCGAUUUUCUGUCAUUGUCAUAUACUCGACAUGCUCAAGAUGUCCGCGAGGCUCGUGAAUUCCUUUCCAAGUUAGGCGAUCUUAGCCAGACUCAAAUCUUUGCCAAAAUUGAAAAUGUUGAGGGAUUGACCCAUUUUGAUGAGAUUUUGCAAGAAGCUGAUGGUAUUAUCCUUUCCCGUGGGAAUCUGGGUAUUGAUCUUCCACCAGAGAAGGUUUUUCUAUUUCAAAAAUCUGCUCUACAGAAGUGUAAUAUGGCCGGGAAGCCUGCUGUGCUUACACGUGUUGUGGACAGCAUGACUGACAACUUACGACCAACUCGUGCUGAAGCCACUGACGUUGCCAAUGCUGUUUUAGAUGGAAGUGAUGCAAUUCUUCUCGGUGCCGAGACUUUACGUGGAUUGUACCCCGUGGAGACUAUUUCUACCGUUGGCAGAAUUUGUUCAGAGGCCGAGAAAGUUUUCAAUCAAGAUGUUUAUUUUAAAAAGACGGUCAAACAUGUUGGAGAACCCAUGACCCACUUGGAAUCUAUUGCAUCCUCUGCGGUUCGUGCUGCUAUUAAGGUGAAAGCUUCUAUAAUAAUUUGCUUCACUUCAUCUGGAAGGGCUGCAAGGUUGAUUGCAAAAUAUAGGCCAACAAUGCCGGUUCUCUCUGUGGUGAUCCCCCGACUUAAGACAAAUCAGCUUAAGUGGAGCUUUAGUGGAGCUUUUGAGGCAAGGCAAUCACUUAUUGUAAGAGGUCUCUUUCCUAUGCUUGCUGAUCCUCGACAUCCUGCUGAGUCAACAAGUGCAUCAAAUGAAUCUAUUCUUAAGGUUGCCCUUGAUCAUGGAAAAGCAUUGGGAGUCAUAAAGUCACAUGACCGAGUUGUUGUUUGUCAGAAACUUGGUGAUGCAUCGGUGGUUAAGAUUAUCGAGCUCGAAGAUUAAACUGCAUUAAUCCAACAGCUUAGUUCUAGUAUUUUUUUGGGAGGCUAAAUUAUUUCCCAAGUUUUUGAAAGUUGCAGGAUCAUUCUGCCACAUGAGUCAAGGAUAUCUUGAUUUUGGCUGUCUCACAUAAAAUCAAGGGAAUGCAGCCUUGAUGCCAAAAACUUUCCAUUAUUUUCUGUUUAAUAUUUAUAUAACAACACAAGUUGAAAAUGUGUUUGUUGGAUACAAUUGCCAAACUAAUGAUGCAAAUAGUUUGUUUUUUCAAUUA